AUGGCUACCAGCAAUGAUACUCUCAAUACUCCUAUUCCUUCUGAUCCUUCUCAGUCAGUCCUCGGGAAUGAACAAGGUCCAAAUCAAAAUCAAGGAGAUCAAGAACUACGUGAAGAAGGCCAACCUCAGAUUCAAGACCAAAAUCCUGAACAGGACGACAACGAGCAGGAUGACCCAAGCUUGCCUGGGAAUUUCCCGGCUGCGAACGCCGUCCUCGCUUCGUGUAACUCUGUCCUUGAGGACUUUAGAUCAUCGCGGAUUCCUAAAGCUACUGCGCUAUCCAGAAUCUACACUCACUUACUUGAUGGUAUUCCGGACAAUGACAAUUCCUUUGCUUCAACUGUUGAAGAAGCGUUUGCUCGCUACCUCACUAUUGUCGAGAAUCAUCAGCAUCACCUUCGGGAAGCUGAGCAUCGCGGUGGACGUCGACAGCGAUCGAAAACUCCACCAGACAAUCAUGUUGAAAGAGGGAACCCAGGCCCUGACAAUGAUCAAUCACCCCAUAAGCGUGCAAAACCAGACGAAGCUCAAUAUCCCUGGAUCAUAUCCGACUUUAUCCACCGUGUCACUUUAUCACCAUCGCUUACAAGCACGCUUGAGUUACUUAAGCUCUACGCAAUUGAUCCAAAAGGGAUGAAGCGUUCUCUCGUCAAUUCUCCGACAUGUCCUGAAUUCCCAGACUCCGAAUGGACUAACAUUCUCGCAGGAAGAGCCAUCAAUCUUGAUGCUGUCCUCAGUGGUUAUUACUCGACGUCCAACAACGAUGAGUGGGUGGAGGAGAUUGGGGAUCUUGAAAUAUGCUUCGGUACGGUCAACCCGACAAAAACAGUCUCAACAGCUGGUGAAUGGAGCAUUGCAUGGAAUAGGGCAUCACGAGCGACAUCUACUGCUUUCCCUCACAGAGCCGGAGAGCUGGCAGAAUAUGCUGAGUAUAUCAUUGGACUCUUUGCUGCGACUGAUGCCCAUUUCCAUGAUCGUGUUAUCCUCUUCGACAAAGCUGUACGGUGUCGUGUUGGUGCUCGCCGGGACCUGGAGCUCACGGACUUCAACAAAUUCUCGGAUCUCAGAUCAACUCACAUGGACUCGAUUGGUGCCGCCGUUGUUCAACGGGCAUCUCUUGCUGUCAAUAAUAAAUCCAAUUCAACCUCUCGGAAGAAGAUACCCGAACCAUGCAACCGUUGGAACGAGGGGUUAUGCGCGCUUGAGGCUACUCAGUGUCGCCGACUUCACGUUUGUAACAAAUGCACGAAAUCCGGACACAAGGGGCCCGACUGUCCAUCUUGA